AUGCUCGAGUCUUCGCCAAUGGCAUUCUUCUGGGGCCGCAACAAGCCUAAGUCGGACCUUGUAAAGCCAGCCAAAGACCUUCUCAACAGGUUGCGUCAGCCUCCAAAAUUGCAGAAGUCGGAGGAAGAAGUGGCCAAGCUGCUGGCCCAGAUGAAGCUCGUACUGACGGGGACUCAAGAAACCGACAGCAACCCUGAAUCAGUCUUACAGCUCAUCACCUCCAUGAUCCAAGAGGAUUUUCUCUAUGUCCUCGCUUGUAGCAUCCAUCUUCUCUCCUUCGAGUCUCGUAAAGACUCCCAGGCUAUAUUCUCAUACGUCCUGCGCUUCAGACCCCCCGGUAGCACGGCUGAGGACUCGCCCGCCUUGUCCUACGUGAUCAACGACAGACCUGAGGUGGUCAUUGAGCUAUGCCGGGGUUAUAACAAUAAGGAGAGCGCAAUGCCGUGUGGAGCAGUGCUAAGGGAAGUACUGAAGCACGAGCUCAUCGUUAGUAUUAUAUUGUACGAUCAAUCUCUAGAGGACCAGCUCGAUACGAAGAUCGAUGAGAUAGCCUAUUUGGACGUACCUCAAUCAGGAGACGGGGUGUUCUGGAAAUUCUUCGACUGGAUCGAUGGAGGAGCAUUUGAAGUUAGCGCGGAUGCGUUUACGACUUUCAGGGACAUUCUGACCAAACACAAGCCCCAAGUGUCCCAGUACCUAAUGACCAACUUUGACCUCUUCUUCAGGCGAUACAAUACUAUUUUGGUUGAAUCGAGCUCCUAUGUUACGAAGAGGCAAUCGAUCAAGUUGCUAGGAGAGAUCCUCCUCGAUAGGGCAAACUACAAUGUUAUGACCGCAUACGUCGACAGGGGAGAUCACCUGAAAUUAUGUAUGAAUCUGUUGCGGGACGACAGAAAAAUGGUGCAGUACGAGGGAUUCCAUGUAUUCAAGGUCUUCGUUGCGAACCCGCAUAAGUCAGACGCGGUCAAGAGAAUUCUCACGCAAAAUCGAGAACGCCUGCUCAGGUUCCUACCUGGCUUCUUGGCAGACCGAACAGAAGACGAGCAGUUCACGGACGAGAAAAGCUUUCUCAUACGUCAAAUAGAGACCUUGCCUCCGCCCGCUUGA